UUGAUGAAAGAUGGAUUUUUUUUGUUUGUCUUUUUUUUCAAUCGGAUAAAAAAUUGUACUAGUAUCUGAUACAGGGUUAAUGAAGCAAUACGAUGGUUAGACGUCAUGCUAACCAUUGUAUAGUAUAGCAGCGAUGAGGAAUAUGGAUAAGUCGACAGUUGACAGCGUAUAUGGGCCUUUAAGAACGAGCAUGCGCAAAGGAGGACAUCAAUUUACUUCCUUAUUGGUUUCUAUGAUCAACAAACAUCAAGAUGGAAGUAUCUGGAAAAAGGCGUGACCCUGACCUUAACAAGGGCUCCGAAGACACAACUGUCUACUGUCAGCCGUGUGAAGAGGAAGGCAAACGCGCUGUAGCCCAGGGAUUCUGUCAGACCUGCCAAGAGUACAUGUGUGAUCCCUGUAUCAAGGCCCAUAAGAAAUUCAAGGUGUCCAGAAACCACAUUAUGUUGUCCAAAGAUAAGAUGCCGUCCUUCUACCCGUCCACUAAGCAGUCUGACAUCGGUGUAACUGAAUAUUGUAAAACACAUCCGAAUGAGAUGAUCAAGUUUUACUGUCCGACCCACAGCGACCUUGGUUGUGGUGACUGUGUAGUCAUCGGUCAUCGCACGUGCAAAGUCGACUACAUUGCUGAUGUGUCUAAGGAUUUCACCAAUGAAAGGGAAUUCAGGGAGUUGGAACCAUCUAUUAAACGAGCAGAAGAUCUUCUAUCUGGGUGCAUAAGUAAAGUUAAGGAGCUUUUUGACGAGGUCAAACACCAGUCUAAGUAUGAGAUCGACAGACUGAGAAAGUUUCGUGCAGAAAUCAAUUCCUACCUGGACCGACGCGAGAAGGAGUUGCUCGGCAACAUCCAGAAAAUGAAGACCGAGGAUGAAAGCGCGCUGACUGAACUGAAGACUGAUUGUGAGUUGGCAAAAUGCGGACUUGUGGCCACUAGGACAGAACUGACUUCCGGUACCGACUCGGUGAACCAGAGGUACGUGACGGCAAGGAGAGCUCAGAAGGAACUACGGGAGAUUCAUGACAAGAUGGAAAAGAUGGCUGGUAGGAUGAAGGCCCGGAAGUGUCGAUUUGUUGAAGACGCUGACACGAAACGGCUGCUGGGAUCGAAAAUGGGCCUUGGAACACUGAACAUGGCGGGAGAGCUUGUUCCUGACCUCGCUACUGUGACGUGGAAGAAGGAGGCGGAUAUCCUGGUCAGAACAUCUCAGGACAAGGAAACCUGCUGGAUCACGGGCUGUGCCCUGAUCUCGCCUGGUCUCUUCCUCCUUGCUGACUGUUAUAACUAUUGUGUCAAACUCGUAGACAUCAGCACCUGCACCGUCACGUCCCGCCUCCAGCUACCAGGCAUGCCAUGGGACGUGUGUGUGCUCCAUGAUGACCAGGCCGCCGUCACUCUCCAGAUUCUGAAUAUUAUUCAGCUGUUGUCUAUAAAGGGUGGACAGUUAUCGUGUGGAAAGGAAAUUAAAGUAUCAUCUGGGUGUCUUGGUAUUGCGUUUAACAACAAUAGAUUAUACGUUUCGUAUAAACAAACCCCGCGUGUUGAAGUGAUGACAUUGGAUGGGCACAUCAUAAGUACAUUCCAAACAGAUGAUAGAAGACAACUUUUCAAAGCACCAUGUUACCUGACUGUGUCAGCUUCAACACCGCCGACCCUGUGCGUGUCUGACAGCACUGCCAACACCGUCCUCCAGCUGACCCUUGACGGGAAGGUCCUGCGGAAGUACCAAGAUAUUCGGCUCAUCCAUCCCAAGGCCGUGGUGAAGGUAGGGCCCGGCCAGCUGCUCGUGUGUGGAUCUACCAGCCACAACGUGAUGCUGCUAACGGAGAGGGACGGCAAGAUGGCGGAAAUACUGGGAAAGAAGAACGGACUGACCAACCCCUUCUCCGUGUCCUUCUGUCCUCACACACGUGCCAUAGUUGUUGGAAUGGAAAUUAAUGACUCACUGAAGGUCUUUAAUGCAAAUUGACACCUUUUCUUUAUCAGUCGUGAUUUUGCUCUCUCUGGCGGAAAUUACCAUGUAUUCAAUGCUGUUUGAGCAAGUGAAUAGUAAAAGCAAUCAUAUUUAAUGUUCAACAUACGUUUAUUUAUUCGUUGUAACCGAGGUCUAUCAAACUGAAUGAACAUUGCUAAUUAUAUAAAUCAAGAAUGGAAAUACUAAAAUAAUGUUGUAUCAGUCUCAGAAGUUUUGUAAUUAGUCAGAAAAGCCAUUGAUGCUUUAUGACAGUCAUGUAUCAAAUCAAUAUUAAGCGUAUUUUGCAGUUUAAUUUUGCAAAACACUAGGAUAACGAAUUAGUGUAAAUAUUGUAAUACUAUUAAACACUUAUUCAAUUAUAUUUUGGUGUUUACUACUUUUGUUUUUUUAUGUUCUUUAUAUAGAUCUUUGAUUUUACAAAAUGAUCAUUAACUUAUAUAAAAAUCAUUAUUUAAAGAGAUGUAUACUUUUUAUGGUUUUGAAGUUAAAAUAAGGUGUUUGACUUUCAGUAAAGAGAAAUUUAGUAGGUUUUCAUUAUCAUAUGAUAAUGAAACUCAGUCAGCAUUUCAACGGUGGGCAAGUCUCAGUCAAGUUCCAUCGUGAAGUGAACCAUGUCAGUAAUUUCAGAGUUAUGCCCCUUGUACAUUAAACAAUAAUAUGUUUAUAUAUUAUGAAGGCAGUAAGUUAAGUUUUUUACUAUCCAAUAAUGAUGAAACUCGGUUACAGCAUUUGUGGGCAAGUCACCGUCAAGUUCCAUCGUGGAGUAAAGCAUGUCAAUAGAUCCAGAGUUAUUCCUCUUUAACAAUAGGAAAUUGGUAUUUUAAGCAUCCGACAGGAAAUUACUAACUUGUAUUAUCUGAUCAUGAUGGAACUUGGUGACUGUGUUUGUGGGCAUUAUGUCUCGGCGUAAAUCGCUCCAGUAACUCUCAUUGGUUAUGGGCAUACUGUCUCUGUCAGGUUCGGUUAUUGGAUGAAUGGCCUCAGUAGCUCGAUAGUCAUGCCCCUUUUACAGUGAAAUAUAGAAUAGCAUAAUUACUUGCAGAGACAAUUACUUAAUUAUAAAACGAUCAGUACAAUAAUGAACUAAGUUACAGCGUUUGUAGACAUAGUUCGUUAGAUAAAUCGCUCAAGUUACACCAGAGUUAUAUCCUUUUAACAUUAAUUUGCAAUUAGCUGACUGAUUGAUUGUAUUUAAUAAUCUGACGAAGUUAUUAGUUAACGACAAAAUUUCGCUCCUUUAUAAUAAAAAUUGAUAUUAUACUGUGGUUGACUUCGGUUUUUUUCCAAAGAGGCAACACAAUUUAUUUCCGCGGACUUUUGAGUUCAUGGUUCAAAUUUAGUGGUUUAGAUUCAACUUAUUUAUUUUACUAUUAUGAUGUUACUAUUACAUUAAUCACACUCAUUGGCACAAUUUUACUUAAAGUGUGGUCUUGUUGUGGGGCGGGGGAACUUGGGUAUAAGAAUCAUAUUUCUAUGUGUUUUGAUUGCUUUGUUUUAGAUAUUCAACCAAUAUAUCUAUAAUAUUAUAAAAUGAUCAUUUUCUUAUCUAAAAUAC